AUGAAGGAACCGCCGCGCCCGACAGUUAAAUCACACGCCCAGGCCAUGGCCCAAAUGCCUAAACUCUCACCUAGUCCUUCCAACACCACCUCUUACUCUCCGUCCGCCCCCAACUCCGCCGUUUCCUCUCGCGAGUCCUCUCCGGUCCGAUUCUCCUCUCGCGCCGUCAAUUCCUCCUACUCCAACACUACUACCGCAAGCCGAGCGCACUCCCAAUCACGGCGAACUAGUCAAGAACGAAGUAGCCCGGCGAGGUCCUCAAACGGUCUGCCGUCAGCCUUACCAAUACCUGCGUCCACGUCAUCAGGCCAGCGCGCGCAAUCGCUACCAGGAAACACACCCCUUCUCUCUCCUCCUGCUUUCGAACCACCAGCCAAUGUUCUCAGUCCGGAAAAGUCCAAUAUGCCAUCAUGGGCGGGGAAUCGUCGCACGGAGCAGGAGUCUACUCCACCGAAUACCUCCCACAAGAGAGCCUCCUUGCCGCCAUCAGAAGAACAGGGAACAGUGGACCGAAGCACUCCCCGUGCGGUCACGAGGGGCGUCAGUGGACAAGGCCCAUCCUUGGAAACAGUCCAGGAGAUGGCCAGUAAUCCGUCUACUCCAUCGAGUGACACGAUCACUAAGCCGGUCACCCCGGACGACUCUCGGUUACACACAAUCGAUGAGGAUCCGACACCUAGAGCCGCAAAACAAAAUACAGAAAGUGGAAGCGAUAGCGGUGGCAAUCGCAGCUCAGAUCCCAAGGAAGAAUGCCGGCCAAAUGCUGCUGGAACCCCAAAGCCCGCCGCAACCAUCAUGCCAAAACGCUCCACCACUUCACUUAGCGCUGGAGCCCGUGGGAAACCGGCCGAUGGGUCAGUUCGCAAUAUGAUCGUUGAGACCGAGACUGUCAGCUCCAUACCACAAGUGUCUUUGGGGGUUGGCGCUGGCGAGCGAGGCAGCGCUAGCCGUGCGGAACCUGGCACUUUGCGCAUGAAGCCCUCAACAGAAACAAUUCGGCCUCGCAAAGAGAAGAAAAAGAAUCAUCGACGACCGAAUCAUUUGACCACCGGCCCUGCCUCUACCAAAGCUGAUAUCUUCGAGGCGAAGGUGGCCAGCGCGGUGGAUGAAGCUGACGUUUCUGACUCUGAUGAAACCUUUGUUUAUGAAUCAAAUCCACCAGAUCCAUUCCCCGCUCGACAAUCCCGUUACCACUCUCGGACACCCAGUGCCACUUCCAUGGCAAGCCAAGUAGACCAGCUGGCUGGUCGCGCACGAGGCCUGCGGGAUGGUUCUCACAGCGUCACCGGUAAGCGGAGCAUGAAAUUCACCAACAAUCCAAACCCAUUCAACCCCAGCUUGGAUGGUGAGAUGGCCGAGCAGGAUGGGAGCCGGAAUCCCUCUCGAGUCGAUGGCAGUGGAUCUGUCACCCCGCGCCACAACAUUGGACGUCAUGGACGCAAUGGUGUAUUACCAUCACUCUUCGACAACGACUCUACGCUCUCGCCGCAACAGUCUCAACUCAAAUCACCACGACACUUUAUUGGAAGCGGAUAUCGGCACUCGCGAAAUAGUAAUGCUCGAUCUUCGCCCAACUAUAAAACGAUGGGUAGCUCCAAAAAGUCAAACGAAAUGUUCGACUUCGAUGCUGAAGGCGCUGAUGAUGAACGUACACCACUGGUUGGCAAUGCUCGAGUUCCUCGAAGCCGCGGUCAUGGCGCCAGUCGCAGGCCAAAUAGCGCGAGUUUGCGACAGAUGGAAUAUAUGCGACGGCAGCGUGGGUGUCUGACACGAUAUGGUUCAUGUGCUAUAAUACUCUUCCUUUUGAUGAUUAUCGCUGGUGGGGCCACUACAUUUGUGCUUUCCGCGACCAAGACUCUUCAAGAUGUCAAAGUCCUCGCGAUCCAAAACGUGCUCGCAUCAGAGCAGGAAAUCAUGCUGGAUCUAAACGUUCAAGCGAUGAAUCCUAAUAUAUUCCCGGUGACAAUUGACGACACGGAUGUCAACAUCUUUGCCAGGAGUCGAUAUGUUGGUACCGACAAACUUUGGCGCGACCAUGACUCCGAUGAACUUGAUCACUUCCCGCGGGUGAAGCAAAGCCAGCGUCGCUGGCACUUGUCGCAGAUUGUCCGAUGUCUAGGAAAUAUGGAUUGUGUUCGGGAGGCGGAGUCUCGUCAGAACUCAAAGCCUCACGCAGAAGAUGGCGUUGAUCAUGGUACGGACCCUAUCUCCGAUCCCGAGGGAGACCAGCAAACGAUGCUACUUGGCCGUGUUUUCCGCUUUGACUCGCCUCUUUCCUUUGACGCAUCUCCAUGGGAAAAUCUACCAUCCACAUCAAAGGGACAGAUCCGCCUCCCACGUCCUGGCAACAAGACAGAGGAAGGCGGCACAGAGCGUUGGGAACGAGUACUCCAGCAUCCAUUUGAACUCAUCGUGCGUGGUGUAGUCAAAUAUCAGCUCCCGCUAAGCUCUCGUUAUUACUCUGCGCCCAUCAGUUCCCGCGUCAAAGUGGUCCCAGAUGAAGAUGGCGGUGAUGGAAAUGGUGAUGAUGAUCCAGACACCACGCCUCCAAGCAAUGAGACCGCUCAUGUCUCCUUCAUCAAGAGAGUCCCAUCUACCUCAGUCCGCCUUUUGGACACCGUUGCCCACCCCGAGCCACGAUCGGGAUUUUCGACACGACAGUUUACGGCAUAA